AGUUGUGCGUGUGGAGCCCGUGGAAUCGGAGGUGUAGCGUCAAGCGCGUCGUCCAGACUUCAUUAUUACUGUAAGGAAGCUGUCAACUGUAUUUGCGCGUGUUUAUUGCUUUGCUGAAAGCGAAAGAAAAUGCACGUGAGGACUGGGGAUCUGACGACCGAUUUACAUAAACUUCUGCGCGCAUCUCAGUCGCAACAAACGCACUCAGCGUGAUCGGUGAAAAAUCAACACUGGUGUUUACUGUUAUUGCUACGCGAAAUACAGAGCACUGUCACUGCAUAUCAAGAUCGGUUCGACUGAAGAUGGAAACCCUGGAGUCCGAGCUGACGUGCCCGAUCUGCCUGGAACUGUUUGAGGACCCGCUCCUGCUCCCCUGCGCCCACAGCCUGUGCUUCAACUGCGCCCACCGCAUCUUGGUGUCCCACUGCUCCAGCACCAAACCCCUUGAGUCCAUCUCUGCCUUCCAGUGUCCCACCUGCCGCUACGUCAUCACGCUUAACCAGCGCGGCCUGGAGGGCCUAAAGCGCAAUGUGACGCUGCAGAACAUCAUUGACCGCUUCCAGAAGGCCUCCGUCAGCGGACCUAAUUCCCCAAACGAGAGUCGCCGGCCCAGGCCCUACAGCGCCACGCUAGGCGGGAGCGCGAGGGGCAGCCCCGCCAGCAGCGCCAUGUCCCUCGAGCGUGUCGGGUGUCAGUUCUGCGACCAGGAGCCUCCUCGUGAGGCGGUGAAGACGUGUGUGACGUGUGAGGUGUCAUACUGCGACCGCUGCCUGAGGGCCACGCACCCUAAUAAGAAGCCCUUCACCAGCCAUCGUCUGGUGGAGCCAGUGGCGGAUGCUCAGCUCCGUGGACUAGCCUGUCUGGAGCAUGAGAACGAGAAGGUCAACAUGUACUGUGUGGUGGACGAUCAGCUCAUCUGUGCCCUCUGCAAGCUGGUGGGACGCCACCGUGAACAUCAGGUCACCUCGCUGAGCGAUCGCUUCGACAAGCUGAAGGCUUUUCAAGUGAGCCCUGCCAGAGUUUCUGAAGCGGUUAUGGAGGCAUCAAAGACAAGCGCCGCGCAAACCUUGGAGAAUAACUUAACCAAUCUGGUGAAGAGGAACAGUGAGCUGGAGAACCAGAUGGCCAAACUCAUCCAGAUCUGUCAACAGGUGGAGGUGAACACAGCCAUGCAUGAAGCCAAGCUGGUGGAGGAGUGUGAUGAAUUGGUGGAGAUAAUUCGCCAGAGGAAACAGGUCAUCGCUGUCAAGAUCAAAGAGUCCAAGGUGAUGAAGCUGAGGAAGUUGGCUCAGCAGAUUGCGAACUGCAGACAGUGUCUUGAGCGCUCGAGCGCCCUCAUCACACAGGCGGAGCACAGCCUGAAGGAGAACGACCACACCCGAUUCCUCCAGACGGCCAGGAAUGUGGCGGAGAGAGUUGCCAUGGCCACCGCCUCCUCCCAGGUCCUCAUCCCAGACGUCAAUCUGAACGAGGCCUUUGACAAUUUUGCCCUUGAUUUCUCCAGAGAAAAGAAAAUCCUGGAAGGACUGGAUUAUCUGACAGCUCCUAACCCUCCCUCGAUACGUGAAGAGCUCUGCACGGCCUCUCACGACACCAUUACAGUGCACUGGACAUCUGAAGAUGAAUUCAGCGUCACGUCCUAUGAGCUUCAGUACACCAUUUACACUGGACAGACCAACUUCAUCAGUCUGUAUAACUCUGUGGAUAGUUGGAUGAUUGUACCCAAUAUCAAGCAGAAUCACUACACAGUCCACGGCCUGCAGAGCGGCACUCGUUACAUCUUUUUCGUCAAGGCCAUCAACCAGGCAGGAAGCAGAAACAGUGAACCCGCUCGCCUCAAAACCAACAGUCAGCCUUUCAAACUGGACCCCAAAACGGCCCAUAAGAAGCUGCGGCUCUCCAAUGACUGUCUGACAAUGGAGAAGGAUGAAAGUUCGCUCAAGAAGAGCCACACUCCAGAACGCUUCAGCGGAACUGGAUCUUAUGGAGCCGCUGGCAACGUCUUCAUCGACAGUGGUUGCCAUUAUUGGGAAGUACUACUGGGAGCCUCUACAUGGUACGCUCUUGGCGUGGCCUAUAAGUCAGCACCCAAAAACGAGUGGAGUGGUAAAAACUCAUCAUCUUGGGUUUUCUCACGCUGCAACAAUAACUUCUUGGUGCGGCACAACAACAAGGAGUCCAUCGUGGAAGCGUCACUACAGCUGCGCAGGGUGGGAGUUCUUCUGGACUACGACAACAACACUCUGUCCUUCUAUGAUGCCAUGAACUCCCAGCACAUAUACACUUUUGACGUUUCCUUCCUGCUUCCGGUGGCUCCCACCUUCAUGAUCUGGAACAAGUCAUUGAUGAUCAUGUCAGGGCUGCCCGUGCCUGACUUUGUGGACUGCAGCGAGCAGCAAGAGGGCAUCUGUCGCCAACAGGAGUCACCGUAUGUUUCUGGAAUAAAGAGCUGCCACUGAGGCACCAUAGGAGCUGAUUAUUCCAGAAGGUUCCCUUGCCCUUCUUCUUUUCCUAGUGUUCAGAUCUUGGGUGAAGUUGGAGCUUUAGUUGAUCCCGCUCACAUAAAUGAGCGGUUAGUGUGGUGUAUUAGGAGCUCUCCGAUUUAAACAGCUGAUUUGGGGGAAGUUAAAUUGUAAAUUAUUUAAGACUCAACUUCGGUUUGCUUUUCUUGUCAGUUCUAAUGUAUCCCUAAAGGCACUUUUUAGAGGUGAAUUUUUUCCUCCUGUGUGUAAAAAGACUUGCUAACUUGAGACAAGGUUGGACUUCCGUUUGGACCGAAUAUAGCGGAUUAUAUUAGGAUGACAAUUUGGUGUUUCUACUAAAGGUUACAUUAAUUAUCUGAUGGGUCUAUAACACACUCUUUCUCAUAUUCAGGGAGAAAAGAUGAUUCUUUGGUUAGAUGAUGAAGAUGAUGGCAUGAUAUGUAUUUCCUCUGUGAUUUGUUCUCACUAUCUCAGUUUCUGGUUUAGUUUUGUGAAAAGCAUGAGGCACAAGUUCCCCUGGUGUUUUUUAACAUGUAUUUUUAAUCAUCGAUAUAUGAUGUACCACAAAGCCCCAUCUGUGGAUGUGUUCAACCAUUGACGCCUUUAGGCACCAUCUAGAACUGAAUUUCAGGACCAUAGUGCAUAUAAAACCAUCACGUUUAUUCAAAUAUAUGUGAAAGAUUGGCAACAGAACAUUUUGUUUCAUCAGUUUAUCAUUUAUAGUGACUCAAAUGAGCAUCCAAAGCUGUGAUGAAUCUUCCGUGAUCUUCCGUUCAGGGCUAUAAUAAGGACAACCCAGUUGUGGGUUCGGAUAAAGACAAUCACUUGUGUUAGACAGUACAGGCAAAAAAUCAAGUGUGUAGCAAAGAUCUUUGUAAUAGCAUGCUAAACUUGAGAUACUUCCCUGAAAGAGUGGUUUGUGCCCAUUCGGUUUAUUGUAAAUAUCUAGAUUGGGAGGUAUUUGUACUACUGACGCAACUGUCCUGCUGCACUUUUUGCUUUGUGUUGGUGGAGUUUUUCCUCUUUGCUCUGCUGAAUGUACAUGAUUGCUUUGAUUCUUUUGUAUCUUUCUGAUUGAAAGCACAGAGCAUUUUACCAUCCGAUCUACUUUGCAAGCACAGGAAUCAUGCGAGUCCUCCUUAAGAGCUUAAUGUUCCCUACAAAAUAUAAAGGAGAUCAGUGCAGUUACAUGAGUGAAAUUUCAGUGACAGUUUAGCCAAAAGCAUAAAGAAGUCACUUUCAAAAAAGCAACUGUAUUGUUGGUCAGCAUGGUGAAUUUGCAUGAACUUGAAUUUGAAUAGUAAAAACUGCUUGGUGAAAAUUUUCGCCAGCAUGCAAAACUCUCAAUGAAGCUUCUGGAUUUCUCAGAAUUGCGCAGAAUGGCUGUACUAGUUGCCACCCCUUAAGAACAAGUUGCAUUCACUGAUAGCAUUGUUAUUUGUAUUGGUUAAAGGCAUAAAACAGACAAUUACUCAACAUGCCAUUAUGGCAAUUCAAAAUAAUUUUAUAUUUAGCAAAUUGGUGGACAAUUUGUGCUCAGCAAUCUUUCUUACUCUCAUUUAACUUUUUUGCAUUUAUGGGAAAACCUCAGUUGUGAAAAAAUGUAUUGGAAUGUGUAGUUUCCAUCUACAAUUCAGCAGAUCACUAGUAAAUGUGACUGCUCCUUUAGAACAAUGUGUAUGUGCUAAUAGCAUUGCUAUUUUAAUUGGAUAAAACAGAUGAUUACACAACAUGUGUAACUAAUUUACAUUUUAAUAAUUGAUGCAUACUGUGUGGGUGUUUCCCAGUACCGGGUUGCAGCUGGAAGGGCAUCAGCUGUGUAAAACUUGCUGGAUAAGUUGGCGGUUCAUUCCAUUGUUGCAACCCCUGAUGAAUAAACGGACUAAGCUGAAGGAAAAUGAAUGAAUAAUUGAUGGCUAAAUCAUUUGAAUUUGUACAAUGUCUUUCAUUUAUUUCUGUAUGAUAUGGUUGGAACCCCCAUGGAGUUCAACAACCCCCC